GAUUCAGGUCAAUUGUAUCCUUUGCCACCGACACCGAAGUUUUGAGUCCUCAAAGCAUGGCUUCGUGCACCACGCUCUACCAGAUUCUGGGAAUCUGUCCAGCCGCGUCGGAAGGAGAAAUCAAAGCGGCUUACCGGCAACUGGUGAAGGUCUACCACCCGGACGUGGCUCCGAUGGGGAAAAAGGAAUCCUCUGGGAGCGAGUUCAUAAAGAUCCAUGAUGCUUAUCGCACGCUAUUGAAUCUCGAUAAGCGUGCCAAGUAUGAUCGAAACUUGAUUCCACGUGGGCGAGUGUUCUCAACAGCGUCGUCUGGAGUUUCCGGCUAUAAUGGUCGAAGAUGGGAAACUGACCAGUGCUGGUAGAGGGUGCGAACGGUGCAAUCACGCCAGAUGAACACGUGAAGCAAAAGUUACUCCUCUGUUAAAAAAAGGAAAAUGAUAUACUAGCAAUCAACAAGUGACAACUUUUCUCGUAACAUGUUGACUCUUUUUUUAUUUCAUUAAAUAUUCGAUGAAAUUACAGCUGAAACUAAAAAACCAUCAAAGUAAAAGAAACCUUCUCUUUUCAAUUGUCUUCUUCCACUUUUCAACCUCUCGUCUUCUCCGA